AUGGUUGCUCUUCACAACCGCCUCCGAACACUAGACUUUGACCUCCUGGGCGAUCUUGCCUUCUUCAACAACUGGACUUUCUUCAUGGCCGAAGACUAUGAACCCGAGAUUGGUGAAUUGGUUCCCACUGGUCCAUAUGCCGGCUCUCUUGGUGCAUUCCAAGCAGGCGUCACUGUCCGAACGCGGUACCCAGAUCUUCGCGCCACGGCUAUCGCUCGCAACCAGACCAACUUCUGGGCCGCAGACUCGCAUCGCGUAGUCGAGACUGCAAAGUACUUUGCCGCUGGCUUCUGGGGCAUCGACUGGGAGAGCGAGACUGCAAAAUUGCACAUCAUACCCGAGACCUCGGGGCUGGGCGCCGAUACCUUGACCACAGGCAAUACCUGCAAAGCAUACCUUGAGCCGCACAAUCAUCAAGGACGCCAUAAAGGCUUGCGCAAGCUCGAGGAAUGGCAAAGUGUGUAUAUACCACCCAUCAUCCAACGUCUGGAGCAACAAAAUCCAGGCUUGGAUCUGAGUAUUCGAGAAGUGUUUUCCAUGCAAGAGCUCUGCGGCUUUGAACUGCUCGCUCGAGGAAGCAGUCUCUGGUGUGAUGUCUUCACACACGACGAGUGGCGGGAUUUCGAGUAUGCUAGGGAUAUACUCCAUUACUACCGCACAGGACCUGGAAACAAGUAUAGCGCAGGCCGUGGCUUUCCUUUCUUGAACGCUACUGCCAAUCUUUUGUCUUCUGGCGUAUCUGCUGGCUCUCUCUUCUUCAGUUUUGUGCAUGAUGGAGAUAUAUUGCCGUUGCUAUCUGCACUGGAUCUCUUCCCAUCGCCUGAAGAUCUGCCCACGGACACAGCGCCACAGAAUAGGGUUUGGAAAACCUCUUCAAUCGUUCCUAUGGGUGGACGCAUUGAGUUUGAGCGUAUGGUGUGUCCGUAUGUGUACUGUCACUCUAACGCGCCACUGUAUCCUAAUCAUGUCUAUUGCGAUCCACCGCACCCGGAGCCUUAUAUUCGUGUCGUGGUCAACGAUGGUGUUGUACCGAUACCUGGCUGCAACGAUGGGCCCGGAAAGAGUUGUCCGUUGGCUGCGUUCGAGAGAAGGGUUAUGCUGAGAGGUUGGGAGGUUGGCGACUUUGGCAAGUUGUGUGGACUUGAAGAAGGAGCGGCCGACAAGAUUACUUUCUUGCAUCAAUAG